AUGUCCAACUUAGAUAAUUUAAAUGGUCAAGGGAGUGCUGAUUAUAAGGUUUAUCAAUCACCUAAUCAUGCCAUUCCGUCAUUAAAUGUUCCCCAAUAUCCAUAUCGUUAUUAUGAUCAACAACAACAAGGUCAAGGUCAACAAGGUCAAGGUCAAGGCCAAGGUCAAGGGCAAGUUCAAGGUCAACAACAACAAGUACAACAACCAGGUCAACAACCAGGUCAACAACCAGGUCAGCAACCGGGACAACAACCCGGUCCAGGUAUUGCAAUGCAAGCCCCAGCGCAAAUUCCUCAAAUUCAACCAACUCAAAAUCAAAAUCAACCUGGAGUACCUGGUCAAGUUCCUCAACAACCUGGUCAAAAUCCAGGAGGUGUUCCACAAAUCCAACAAAUUCCUGGUCAAAUGCCAAUGGUUGGAGGUUAUCAAUAUUAUAAUUCUAAUUAUCCUUAUUAUUAUCAUACUUAUGGAUACUUCAAUAAUAGACCACCAAACCAAGGAGGUCAAACUCCUCAAAAUCAACAACCUGCUCCAUCAAUUACCCCUCAACAACCAGGUCAAGGUCAAAAUCAAGGUCAAAACCAAAGUCAAAACCAAGGUCAACCACCUCAACAAAAUCUUCAACCUCAACAAACUCCUCAACCUCCAACUAAUCAAUCACAAUCAAUUCCUUCUCAACCUUCAUCAACUUCAGUGCAAACUACUCAACCAAAUUCUGCUCAAUCAACUAAUUCAUCGGUUUCACAAUUCCGUAAUUUAAAUACUGAUGCUAAUCUUCAUUCGAAUUCAACUGUUGGUCAAUAUCAACCUCCUGGUGUUAGACCAAGAGUUACCACAACAAUGUGGGAAGAUGAAAAAACUUUAUGUUAUCAAGUUGAUGCUAAUAAUGUAUCAGUUGUUAGAAGAGCUGAUAAUAAUAUGAUUAAUGGUACUAAAUUAUUAAAUGUUGCACAAAUGACAAGAGGUAGAAGAGAUGGAAUUUUAAAACUGGAAAAAGUAAGACAUGUUGUUAAAAUUGGUUCAAUGCAUUUGAAAGGGGUUUGGAUACCUUUCGAAAGAGCUUUAGCUAUGGCUCAACGUGAAGGUAUUGUUGAUUUAUUAUAUCCUUUAUUUGUGAGAGAUAUUAAAAGAGUGAUUCAAACGGGAAUUUCUCCAACAAAAAAUUUCGAUGAUAAUUCUCAACCACAACCUCCUCAAGCCCAGCCCCAAGUUACUCCUCAACAUCAGCAACAACAACAACAGCAGCAACAGCAACAACAGCAACAACAACCUAAUCAAAUCCAACCAGGUCAACAAAACAGUCAACCAGGUCAACCUCCUAUUCCAAAUGGUAAUUAUGGUUAUCAACAAUAUUAUCCAAAUCAAUAUUAUUACAAUGGUUAUGGAUAUAAUAAUCAAAUGUAUCAAUAUCCUUAUGCUGUUGCUAAACCUAAGGAUGAAAAGAAAGAGUAA